ACCUAUCUCAUGCCCGCCGUGAAUUGAACAAGCAAUAUUCGCUUCCCAAGCUCUGUAUAUAUACACCCAUACUUGUCUCGCUGCAAGCUUGGCUGCUUCGAAUCUGUGUCAUCACACCGUCCACCCAAUCGCACGUGACAGUCCGACGCAGACACUACAGACAUCCGCACAUCAUCAUGGCAACCACCAACCUCCCCAAGAACGCACACGUGUCCACCCAUCCUUGUCUUCAGGCAAAACUCUCCCAGCUACGGUCAGCAAGCACGGGUUCCCGGGAUGCACAGACGCUGGUUCAUGAGAUCGCCCUCAUGGUGGGCUAUGAAGCCCUCGCCUCAGGAUUGAAAUCACAGCAGGGAAGCACAGACAAGUCGCCCUUGGGGUAUGAGUACAUAACGAGCACCACCUCACCCGCCCCUUCUGCCAUAUCGCUCGUGCCUAUUCUGCGCUCUGGUCUCUCCAUGGUCCCUGCGCUCUCAUCCCUCCUCCCUACCCCAGUCCCCAUCCACCACCUGGGUCUCUACCGCGAGAAGACGACCCUGCAACCAGUCGAGUACUACAACAAUCUACCGUACCACACCCCGCACACGUCUGGCGCCACCAAGCCCCAGCCCGAGCUGGCCAUCAUCGUCGAUCCCAUCAUAGCGACCGGUGCGACAGCUUGUGCGGCUAUUGAUACGCUCAAGGACUGGGGUGUUAAGAAGAUCAUUGUCUGCAGUAUUCUGGCUACUGAAGAGGGGCUUCAAAAGGCCUGUAGUGAGUGGGAGGAGGGCGUUGAGGUGUGGGUUGGUGCGUGCGAUAAGGGUGUUGAUGACAAAGGAAUGAUCAAGCCGGGACUAGGCGAUAUUGGAGACAGGCUAUUCUUGACACUGGGAAAAUAAGUCCAUAGCAAGCCAUGGGAAUUCAUGUGCAAAGUGGU